AUGGAUAAGAACAAGCAUCAAAUUGAACUGGCAAAGAUCAACUUGCAGAGGGAGAAGUUAGAGCUGGUAAAAGAAGGUAAGAUUGACCAGAGACUUUUGGAAGGUGAAGGAGAUGUGGCUUCAGAUGUCAGGUUGGUAGGUUCUCUACAUGAGAGCGAGAGGAGUUUCGGCGGUGUAGAUGAGGCGUAUCAACCAUUUGUUGAGAGGGGCUUUGUCUCUCUGGUCGGGUCCAAAGAAAAGGUGCCCGUGACAAUUCUGCGAGACACAGCGGCGCUGGGCACAUAUGUCCUUGAAAUUGAACUUGACUCUGGACUUGUCCAUGGUGAGGUGGAGGUGGCAUUGCGCAGGGCGUUCCCGAUGGCUGGUGUCGAUGUUCUCCUGGGAAACAUGCAUGCGGGUGGUCGGGUGUGGUCAAAAGUGCUGCCGUCACCAUUAGUAAGUCCUGAUCCUAUUGUGAACAGUGAGCCAGAUGAGAAUGAGCGAGACUUUCCGCAGGCAGAACUUAUUGCAGAGCAGCAGGUUGAUCCGUCCAUCAGAGGUCUCUUUGAGGGAGUUCUGACAGAGCAGAACUCCGGCCUACAGAAGGUUGUUCUGGACCUGGACCUGAACUUCCUGUAUACUCAGGUUUUCCAUGACUGUGUUCCAGAGCAGAACUCCGGCCUACAGAAGGUUGUUCUGGACCUGGACCUGAACUUCCUGUAUACUCAGGUUUUCCAUGACUGUGUUACAGAGCAGAACUCCGGCCUACAGAAGGUCGUUCCGGACCUGGACCUGAAUCCAGCACAGAGUCCUGCUGUUCCAUCUCAGCAUGCCUGCGAGAGAGCCGACUCUCCAGAAUCUGAACGUGUGCCCGGACCUGAACCUGUAUCUGCACCAGGAUCACGACCAGGACCAGGACCAGGACCAGAACUGGGAGCUGAACCUGAACGAAGACCUGAUCCUGAAGAAAGACCUGGAACUGAACCUGCACCAGGAUUCAAACUAGAGCCUGAAUCUGAACCAGGACCUGAACCCAAAGCAAAACCUAAAUCUGAAGCAGGACCUGGACUGGGAGCUGAACCUGAACCAAGACUUGAUCCUGAAGCAAGAUCUGAAUCUGAGCCAGGACCCAAACUACGACCUGAACCCGAGCAAAGACAUGCGCUUGAAACUGAACCAGAGUCUGUAUCUGAACCUGAUCCCAACCCUGAACAACGUCCUUCCUCUGAUUACAACAUUCAGCUUCAAACACAUGAAGAUGUGACAUCUGACGACCAGGAUGACUUCAGGGAAGUGAUGACCUCCGGGAGUGACAACUAUAUUGAGGUAAAGAUGUGGUUGAAGGGCACUUUGGAGGAUUUGGACUCCAGGGGGCUGAAGGAAUUCCAGUGGUACCUGGUGAAUGCAGAUCAAUCAAAGGAUGGUAUCAAACCGAUCCCACUGUGUCGUCUGGAGCAUGCGGACAGAUUGGACACAGUAGAUCUGAUGAUGCAGAGGUACUCCUCAAAGACCAGAGAGGUGGCCGAGACGAUUUUAAAGAAGUUCAAAAGUGAUAAAGAAAAAUCCUUGUCGGACCUUUUUUUAAAGGACGAUCCAGUCUUUCCAGCUGGUGCAACAGAGAAAAAUGUUGCCAGGAUGAUGAGUGACUUUGUUAAGAAAGUGUCUAAACAAACCCUGACGGAGCUCGUAGAGGACCUCGUAACUGACGGUGUCUUAAAUGACCGGGACAAGAAUUCGAUACUGGAAGAGAACCACACCAGAGUAAAUAAGGCCAGCUGCCUUGUCAACAUUGUGAUGGAAAAGGAAGAGGAAGUCUGCAAUAAGAUGAUCAAUCAUCUUCAAACCAUAAAUCUUCUGGAUGUUUCCCCUGGUGCAUCUACCGAAAAAGAAACAGAAGACAUCUCGUCUUCAUAUCAGCAGCCUCCGCAGCCCGCAGGUUCCGCUGCGGUUUUGAGGCUCCCUGAAUUUUGGCAGGAGGACUCCGGCUCCUGGUUCCAGCAUAUCGAGGCACUUUUCCGGCUACGGGGAAUCACGGAGGAUGAUUCCCGGUAUCAUCUGGUCGUCGUCGCUCUGGGCCAACAGUCCACCCGGCGGGCUCUGCAGCUGCUCCGUGCGCCCCCGCGGAAAGACAAGUACGCCGCGCUGAAGCAGCUGCUGCUCCGGAGGUUCAGCCUCUCCGCCUCGGAGAGAGCGGACAGACUCCUCUCCCUGCCGGGCUUGGGUGACGGGUCGGCGGUGGAGCUGAUGGACCAGAUGUUUCUACUGCUGGGCCAGGACGAUGGUGGAUUUCUUUUUCCACAUCUUUUCCUGCGCCAACUGCCGCCGCCCGUCCGCACCGCGCUGGCGAACUCCAGCUGCCUUGUAACGGGCGACUUGGCUGAGGAAGCGGAUCGGGUCCUGAUCGCUACCCGGAGUCUGGCCGUUCACCACGUCGCAACAACCGCCCAGCGAUCGACGUCGGAGGACGCGGACCCAGCGGUGGUGGCUGCAGUGAAGACCCAGAGACGACGCGGGACAGAUCUCUGCUUCUUCCACCAACGGUUCGGCGCCAAGGCGAGACGCUGCGUCCCUCCGUGUCAGUUGGAGCCACCGGGAAACCGGCGCUCAGUGGCAGCGAUCGGCGGUCAGGAGCUGCUGUUCAUUGCAGACUCUGCAUCAGGGAAACGUUUCCUGGUAGAUUCAGGCUCACAGCUGAGCCUCCUCCCGCCAACCGCCACGGACCGGUCGACCGGAGGUAACGGACCGCCGUUAAGCGCCGCCAACGGCUCCUCCAUCACCACUUUCGGGACCCGGUCAGUGACUGUUUGUUUCAACGGACGCCGGUUUGAGAGUGACUUUGUCAUCGCCAGUGUUGCUGUUCCUAUCAUCGGUGCUGAUUUUCUGUGUGCUAACGGUUUGCUGGUGGACGUUGCAAACCGCAGAUUGAUCGAUGCAGUGACUUUUAUGACUUUCCCGUGUGAGACAGGGGGAUCUGGACCGCUAGCACACGCUAGUUUUUUAGCAGCAGGUAACGUGUUCCAACGUCUGCUGGCAGAAUUCCCGCGGCUGAUUAAACCUGUUUUUUCCACCGCGACAACCAGGCACGGCGUCGAGCAUUACGUCACCACCACGGGGCCCCCGGUUUUUGCGCGUGCUCGUCGGUUAGACACACAGAAAUUAGCCAUUGCUAAAGAGGAGUUUGCCUCUAUGGAGCGUUUAGGCAUAGUUAGACGCUCCAAGAGCCCCUGGGCCUCACCGCUCCACAUGGUGCCCAAGGCAGACGGUUCGUGGCGCCCGUGUGGGGAUUUUCACCGUCUUAACAACGUCACAGUGCACGACCGCUAUCCAGUCCCACACAUUCAGGAUUUUUCCGCGCAUUUAGCAGGGACAACCAUCUUUUCAAAGGUGGAUUUAGUACGCGGUUACCACCAGGUUCCCAUGAGAGCAGAGGAUGUGCCUAAGACCGCUGUAAUUACCCCGUUUGGGCUUUUUGAAUUUCUGCGCAUGCCCUUUGGCCUGAAGGGGGCAGCGCAGACCUUUCAGAGGUUGAUGGACUCUGUGUUACGAGACCUCACGUUCGUGUUCAUUUACCUCGAUGACAUUUUGGUGGCCAGUUCCUCAACAGAAGAGCAUUUGGCACACCUCAAACUGGUCUUCCAGAGGCUAGAUGAACACGGCCUUAUUGUCAACCCGACUAAGUGCCAGUUCGGCCUGCCGGUUAUUGAUUUUUUAGGGCACCGCAUUUCAGCUCAGGGUGCAGUUCCACUGCCGUCUAAGGUUCAAGCGGUGGCAGAGUUUCCCCGCCCGGCCUCUGUUAAGGCGCUGCAGGAGUUUUUGGGUAUGAUUAAUUUUUAUAACCGUUUCCUCCCUCGCGCCGCCCACCUCCUGCAGCCGCUUUAUGGAGCCUUGCAAAAAAAGAAAGGCUGUGACCCAGUGGACUGGACACCUGACCGCAUCAGUGCCUUUGAGGAUGCUAAGUCUGCCCUGGCCAAUGCAGUACUUUUAGCUCACCCAUCACCUUCGGCCCCCAUUUCUUUGACAACCGACGCUUCGGACAUAGCAGUAGGGGGAGUCGUAGAGCAGCGGGUGGCAGGAGUUUGGCAACCUCUUGCAUUUUUCAGCCGCAAACUACGUGACAGUGAGCGAAAGUAUAGUGUUUUUGACCGUGAGUUGUUGGCGCUGUACCUCGCCACCCGUCAUUUUCGUUUUUUUCUAGAAGGCCGUUCAUUCACGGCAUAUGUAGACCAUAAGCCGUUGAUAUUUGCAAUGUCUAAAGUGACAGAGCCGUGGUCCGCUCGCCAGCAGCGCCAUUUGGCAUCCAUCUCAGAGUUUACCACGGACAUUCGGCAUGUCGCGGGUAAAACAAACCUGGUGGCCGAUUGCCUGUCACGCGCGCUGGUGUGCCCUGUAAACCUGGGAGUUGAUUUUUCUGCUAUGGCUGCUGACCAGGCUGAUGACCAGGACAUCGCGACUCUUAGGUCUGCUGGUACCGGUCUCAGACUAGAGAACUUGGCGGUGGAGGUCGGAGGUCCAGCUCUUCUCUGCGACAUCUCCACGGGUCGGCCCCGUCCGGUGGUCCCAGUUUCCUGGCGCCGGCGGGUUUUCGAUUCCGUACACUCCCUCUCACACCCUGGCAUCCGGGCGUCAGUGAAACUGGUUGGGGCCAAGUUUGUCUGGCCCGGCCUCCGCAGGGAGGUUAAAGAGUGGGCAGCUGCAUGUGUAGCAUGCCAGCGGGCUAAAGUUCACCAGCACACAAAGGCGCCCCUGGAACCGUUCCCCAUUCCAGCCAGGCGGUUUGACCAUGUCCACAUCGACCUGGUGGGCCCUCUUCCUCCAUCGCAGGGUUACACGCACCUCCUCACCAUGGUGGACCGUACCACCAGGUGGCCCGAGGCAGUGCCCCUUUCCUCUACAGGGUCAAAAGAUGUGGCGCGUGCUUUCCUGGGUGCCUGGGUCUCACGUUUUGGUGUCCCGUCUGACAUCACGUCUGACAGAGGACCCCAGUUCAUUUCAGAACUUUGGUCGUCGUUGGCAGAAGCUUUGGGAGUGCAGGUACACCGUACUACUGCAUACCACCCACAAGCUAAUGGCCUUUGUGAACGUUUUCACAGGUCCCUCAAAGCAGCGCUGCGUGCUGCGCUCUCGGAUGGUUACUGGGGUCUGCUGGAGCCUGUCCCAGCAACUUUCAGGCCAGAGGCCGGGGUUCACCCUGCACACAUCACCAGUCUAUAG